UAGGUCCUAGGUACCUGUGUUGGGUGGAUCGGACACUGCACCGCCCUGCUGGAGAACCGUGGUGCACCGCCCUAAUAUACCUACAGGCCUCUAGAGAGGUUGGUCAGCAGAAGCUACUGUAGCAACUUCAAUCCUAUGCUUCAAAGCUCCUUUCUGUCUCUCAGUCUCACUGGUUUCAGGGGGAUUACUCACACAGGCGCGAAGUCUGUACCUCAAUGUUUGACUCCAAAUAAUGAAAUUACAUUAAAUUCUGCCGCAGGAUUGGCCAGAGUCAAGGUAAAACUGCCACAUGGCAGCAGAUGGCACAGUGCAGCGAUCCCUGGAGGUUCGCGUCAUCUGCAGAUUGUGCUAGAGCCUAUAGGACCUAGGCUUAGCUCUUGAUGAUCGGGAUGCCCUGAGACCCACUGAACACUGGAUGGAACCCAGUGCCACAAAAUGGAGAAUAUAAUCAGCCAAAGUCGUUUCUGGAGCACUUUCCAGUGGGCAAAUGCUGUCUGGGAGAGGGACUGAAGCACCUUCAGCUGGCAGCUGCAGGGAUGGGUGUACGGGACGCGCAAGGGCAGGAGUCUGGGACAACCACCGAAGCAUUGGCCGCUUCCUCACCAACAUUUAAUCGGGAAUAUGAUGUCUUCGCCGCGCACGCAUUCCCUAAAAAACCAGUUGCUAAGCCGCUGUCGAAGGAGUUAUCGGCAGUCCACUUGGUGACCGUCCAGAAUGAGGAGGACAGGGAGGACCCGACGUCCCUGUCUGAUCGGCACUUGCGCUCGACUGCCAGCAGAUCCUCUCCUCAGCAGGUCGAGGGACGACCGCGCGAGUUCUUCUGCCCCUGGUGCGAUAAGAUUAUGACGGACCCCGUGACUUUGGACACACAGACCAACUGCUGCAAGGCCUGUGUCCACAAACUUGGAGGCAUAUGCCCAGAGACGGGCUUGAACCUGUCAAGCAGCGUCGUAGAAAAUAAUGAUCUCAAGGAACGAAUCCAAGGACGGGACGGUUCUCUCUCGACCUCCGAGUCUCAAUCCAACACAAGCGAGCCUGCCGACGCUCCCUCGCCCGCAUCAGCAACCACUAGAGUGACACGUGGCGCCGGGGAAGAACGAGCGGAAGGCGCGGGUGAUAUGUCCGAUCUUCCAAGCGAUGUGCUUCGUCAGGUGCUUCGUCAAGUGCUACCCAUACCCCAGGUCUGUUCGCGUGUGCUAUCCGACUCACGGCGAGGAAGGUUACUGCUUCAGCCCGACGGGAGUCUGACGACGAACGAUUCGCCACGGUCCCUCGAGGGGCCGAACAUUCAAGAGUCCGGUCCCAGUGGUAACGGCACCGCGCUGUCCCAAGCGAACCGGAAACGACCACGUGCCGAGAGCGACGGCGAGACGGCAGGAGUUUUGCGCCGGCGCAUUUCGGACCGGACAACUUUCGACGACGGGCGCGACAUUGUACGCGCGGAACAGGACGAGAUGCUCGGGGCAGCGAAGCGAGAGCAGAUUAAGGGAGCCGGGGCCGUUUCGGACGAGCAGACUCCCAAGAUGUUCAAGUGCCCCAUCACCUGGGAACUUAUGGAGGACCCGGUGAUUGCACUGGACGGCCACACCUACGAACGCCACGCGAUCGAGAACUGGUUCAGGCAUAAGAGGGCGUCUCCGGUUACCAAUCUCCGGCUAUCCCAGACGCAACUCAUUCCCAACUACAACUUGCGGAGCGCCAUCAAGGAUUGGCAGGAGAGGGCUGCGAAGCCCAAUGCGUCGCUAUGACGUGCUGAUUAUUGUUGAACCUGUUGGGAAAGCGAGGGCUACAUCCGGAUGUGCGGCAAACCCCUUGCUACCUACACGGGUGCAACAAAUUCCUUUUUUUUUUCUUUUCAACGGUGUUCAGAGGCACGUCAACAUCGCCUCAACGUAUGAAGCUACUAUGGAGCCUUGUUAGUACCAUUCGUGUGAACGUGCGGUUCGCGGUCGCAACCCACAACUAGGAGGAUGUCGAGACCCAUUCUCCGCCUGCUCUAUAUUGGUUCCGAGAAUGGAACCGUUCAAUUUACUAGACGCUUUCACUGGGACCAAGUUUGACGCUCAACUUCGUUGACUUUGGGCUCGCUGGAACAAGUCAAGUUCACAGGCCUGCAAAUGGCCCGACCCGCAGCGGAUGGGAGAGCUUGAUCUUGGUGUUCCUUCCUUUUGAGAUCUGCAACGCUUGGCUUUGUUUAGUUGGGCGAUUGGGACCCGGCGAUGGCCUCAAGGAAGUCGUCCCCUUUGGUGGUCUUGGACGCUUUCCAUGCCUGCAACCCCUUAAUAUCAGGCUGGACGACCGGGAUGUUGAUAUAUGGCCGGACGACCGUGGGUUCACUUGAGGGCUGGACGACCGUGGUGAUACUUGAGGCUGGACGACCGGGCCGUUGUGUUUAUAAGAACUUGGACGACCGGGCCAUUGUGAAAUUAUAUCUGAGGCAGGACAAUCGGGCCGUGGUGUAUAUAAGUUGGCUGGACGACCAGGCCGUAGUUUGAAAUGUGCCGUGGUGAUACUUGAGGCCGGACGACUGGGCCGUGGUGUUUGUUAUGAUCGACUGGACGCUUCAAUAAGUCAGAGCAUUGACGAUUGGGAUCGGCCAUCUUAUCCAUCGAUGCGCUCGUUCCUUAGCGUUAAAACCGUUGGCCAAACUUGUGGUUCUAUAGCCGCUAAAAAAUAAGAAUCCUAAAGGGAUGCCGCCUAUAGUCGUUGCAUGCUAGCUUUGCCAACAAUAAACCUUUGCACUUGUGUGUCCAAGUUACAAAACAUGUUAGCCAAUCCCUAAGGCGGGAUCGAUAAAGAACAUAGUAGCAUUACAUCGUAGAUUCAAAACAACACAAUCAGGACCAAUGACGUGGUGCAAAC